AUGUCUGAAUCUCAGGAACAAGACCCUACUUCAAAUAGACGAUCUCACACACGUGUCGAGAUCACCCAUAUCUCAAGAUCUCCCAGUGUUUCUUCAAGCGUCGCCGACCUCCAUGAAAAUGGGGUUCAAGUCAGUGGCGGCGUAUCCCCACAGUAUUCUGUACUUGAACCCGUUUUUGAAGACCCAGAGAGAAGUGUGACGGAAUCAGGAGGAUCAGUCGACGAGUUCCCUACCAAACACGAGGGAGAUAAAUCUGCAUAUUCCACCGGAAAUACCGAUACUGAUCAGUCCCGUCGACCGCAUGCCCAGCCUGGGUACGCCUGGACCGUGGCGGAUAGCGCAGCACCUUCCAGUUACCCUUAUCGACCCGUGCCUCCAGUCUAUUCAAGGGCAUCACCCUAUCCGUACCCCCCUUACAUGCCGCCUUAUUCGACAGUGCCUCCGGGAUAUGGGAACCCGUAUGGGCCAGCAAUUGUAAACCAUACUCCGCCAAAGUCGAUACUCUACCCAGCCGCAGCAGCUCCAUCUUCUGCCCCAGGCCAUGUUGUGGGUCCCUCCCAGGAUGAACCGGAUCCUACAGCCAAGGAGACGCCAAAUCGCGGUUCAACACGGGACACAUUAUUAGAGAACUUCACCUCCGAGGCCAACCUCAAGUUUGAGAAUGAGCUACGGCAGACGUUUCGGGCGGAAGGGCAACCAAGGGAGCUGUUCCGGAAGAUUCUAGAGGCUCACAGGAUCAAGGAGGCAAAGAAGGCCAAGCUGCUUCAAGCAGAUGCUGCGGACCGGAAGCAGCAACCGACUCAAGUCCCCCCGGUUGAGACUGCAAACACACAUGCAGCGGCCCAGCCACAGGUGGGCAACCAGGGACCGAAAGAUUCCAACGACGCUACCACGGUACCUGGCCCUGCUUACCCAUAUCCUCCUAUGCAUCCACCGACAUCUGAUCCCACUGCUCCCUCACCAGUUCCAGGCUACAUCUAUCCUCAGUACCCUCCUCUGUACCCUCCACAAUACCCUCUACAAUACCCUCCACAGUACCCUCCACAGUACCGUCCACAGUAUCCUCCUCAGCAGCCAUGGUCCGGAUACCCCUACCCAACACCGCCAUUCGUACGACCUCCAUAUGCCCCAUGGCCACAAGCCUCACCACUCCACCACACUGCUGACAAGCCCCCUACAGCUGAGCCACCAGUAAAAGAGACAUUAUCCGAAGAAGAGGCAUUGAAACGCGAGCGAGAGGAGCAGGAAAUGAAAAGAGAACGCGCAAUGGAAGCGGCAAUGGCCGCUGCGGCACGCGCCGAGGAGACGACCCGCGCUCGAGAAGAGGGCCACCGGGCCGCCACGGUGGCUGCGGAGGCAGAGGCUGCCCAGGCGAAGAGGGAGCAGCGCGUGGCGGAACAGGCGCGCGCCGAUGCCAAGCUGGCGGCCGCGGCCGAAGCGGCCGUGGUGGCGGAUCGGCAGGAGUUGAUGUACGUCAAGGCCUUGCGUCUGUUUGAGGAGCGUGAGCGUUAUGCCUUGGACUUCGCCGACCGCGAGCGGCGCCUGUACCGGGAGGCGCUCAGGAACGGGCUACAGAUAGGCGCCAGUGGCGGCCGGGGUGGGCGAUCGUCGACACUGGAGCAGCUCGUUGCGCGGGACUUGGUGGCCGUUCUAACCAAGCGUGCAGAGGUCGGCUGGCAGAGUGACGAGGAAGAGGGAGACCACGUGGACGGCGACGGCGACAGCGACAGCGAGCCGUACCAGCGGAUACCGGCGCGGCGAGGCAAGCUGGACAAGUGGCACCCUAAAUUACGGCGCGGCACGGCCGAGACGCUGAAGACGAGUGCGCCGUCGAUCCCGCUGGCCCCGGAACUGCCGGAGCCCGGCAACCCUGACGAGUUGGAUCGCGGGAUCCUUGCAGAUGAAAGCGCUCGAUCAGCAGAGCAUUCGUAG